AUGGUCCAGCCAGCAACGGUACCAUGCCAGUAUCGGACAGGGAAGACACUGGGUAGCGGGACAUAUGCGAUUGUCAAGGAAGCCGUCCACAUCAAGACGGGCAAAUACUACGCAUGCAAGGUUAUUAACAAGAAGCUGAUGGAGGGACGGGAGUACAUGGUUCGCAACGAGAUCGCUGUGUUGAAGAAGAUCUCCAAGGGCCACCGGAACAUCGUCACACUACACGACUACUUCGAGACUGCGCACAACCUCUAUCUUAUCUUCGACCUUUGCACGGGAGGCGAGCUGUUUGACCGGAUAUGUGCUAAAGGCAACUACUACGAAGCCGAUGCCGCGGAGCUGAUCAGGACAAUCUUGGGAGCCGUCAAGUAUCUCCACGACUGUGAGAUCCCGGUAGACCUUAAACCGGAGAACCUUAUCUUCCGCACGAAAGCUGAGGAUGCGGACGUCAUGAUUGCAGACUUCGGUCUGAGCCGAAUCAUGGAUGACAACCUUCUGACUGAAGUGUGUGGGACGCCGGGAUACAUGGCUCCAGAGAUCUUCAAGAAAACUGGACAUGGCAAGCCCGUCGAUAUCUGGGCAAUGGGUGUCAUCACCUACUUCCUACUCUGCGGCUAUACCCCAUUCGACCGUGAAACGCAGCAGCAAGAAAUGGAGGCGAUUCUUGCGGGUGACUACAAGUUCGAGCCAGCAGAGUACUGGGCGAACGUCUCGGAGACAGCGAAAGACUUUGUGUCAUCGUGCCUGACAAUUGAUCCCGGCUCGCGGCCUACAGCAGAAGAGGCGCUGCAGCACGGAUGGCUCGCGUCGAAAGAGCCGCACUACGUGCCCGACCCGGAGAAUCCAGACGGCGGCAUGACAGACUUGCUGCCGCACGUCAAGAAGCACUUCGACGCGCGGAAGACAUUCCGCAAGGCCGUGUUCUCGAUGGUGGCGAUAAUACGCAUGUCGACUUUGGCGCACCAGCAUGGCCUGCACGUCGGCGGACAGAACUUGAGCGAGCUCCUGGAGGAGUCCGAGAAGGUGCGUUGCACGUCUACGCAUUCAUACUUUGCUCUUUAG